UCCACCAAUCAGAUCAUGGGAUUGCCGUGCAGCAGCCCUACCGCGGGAGCUGUGACCUCGGAUACCUCAGACAUGCGACUGACAGGCCGUUCCCACGGAGAUCACCAAUGCGAGAGCGUCAGACACCUGAACUUUCAACUACCUGACUAAAACCACGUCGAGAGUACAACCACCACUACUAGAGAGACAGACAGACAAAAGUGUCCAUCGUCAAAGGCUGAAGUCGGUGAGGCGGCAGAGAGGCCAGCUCUUUUCCCUCUCGAGUGGGACACAUGGCUUCAAACAGCAUCUUCGACACAUUCUCCAGCUACUCGCCCAGUUUACUGCGAGACCCGAGCACGAGCAGACGGUUCACGCCGCCCUCCGCCUCGUUCCCGUGCGCUAAAGUGACCGAGAGCCCGAGCAUGAACGCUCCGGGUCCGCUGCGGGCCGGCCGGCCGGUGGAGAGCCGCUCCGUGGUGGACGUGCUGGCGGAUCACGCUGGAGAGCUGGUGCGCACCGACAGCCCCAACUUUCUCUGCUCGGUGCUGCCGUCACACUGGAGGUGCAACAAAACCCUGCCGGUGGCUUUUAAGGUGGUGGCUCUGGGUGACGUUCCUGACGGGACUCUGGUCACGGUGAUGGCGGGAAAUGAUGAGAAUUAUUCCGCGGAGCUGAGAAACGCGUCUGCCGUCAUGAAGAACCAGGUGGCGCGAUUCAACGACCUGCGCUUUGUGGGCAGGAGCGGCAGAGGAAAGAGCUUCUCUUUGACCAUCACUGUGUUCACUGGACCACCCCAGGUCGCCACAUUCCACCGCGCUAUUAAAGUCACUGUGGACGGACCUCGAGAACCAAGACGUCACCGCAUGAAGCCGGACGACCCUCAUAAGCAGUUCUCCGAUCGCCUGAGUGACAUCGAGCGUUUCCAGAGGGCCGGUCUGAGGAUGAACCCUGGCAACGGGACCACCCGCUCCCACCAGACCCAUUACAACCCCUGCAGCACCACACCGAUACCAGCAUUAUGGCCAGAUCAGAUUGACCCUCCUGCACUGAAGACUUGCAAAGUGGAAGACGACUUACGCUGGUCAAGUACGGAUCUGUUCCCUCAGAGGACGUCCUUCCCAUCUCUGUCUCCAUUAACGGCUCCUCGAUUCUCAGAUUCACACAUGCAUUAUCCGGGUCCCUUCACUUACUCUGCCAACCCGUCCAGCACUGGAAUCGGUGGUCUCAGCGUGGCCGGGAUGCCCACCUCCAGCCGCUACCACACCUACCUGCCACCUCCAUACCCCGGCAACCAGAACCAGAACUCCCACUUCCAGACCAACUCCUCGCCGUACCACCUGUACUACGGCACCGGAUCCGGCUCCUACCAGUUCUCCAUGGUUCCGACCGGCGGCACCGGAUCAGGAGGCGACAGGUCACCCACCCGCAUGCUGACGUCCUGUACCGCGGCGGGUGGAACCGGAGGCACCGGGGGCGGAAACAACAGCCUGCUCAACGCCAGCCUUGGCAACCAGAGCGACGGCGUGGAUGCCGACGGCAGCCACAGCAACUCGCCCACAGCGAUGAGUGCGUCCACACGCAUAGACGAGUCUGUCUGGAGGCCUUAUUGAGAAAACGUGUGCAGAAAGACUGAGAGAAGAAGUCAAAGUUUAGAGUAGAGGUGAAAAGUCUUGCAUGUUUGAUCGUUUUUGUUUCUUCAUCCUUCUAUGACAUGUCAAUUGCUUCUAAGACCACCAAAGUGAACCGAUGACCAGAAAUGAGUCUGGGCGCUCCAUACAGGACAGAAAUGGCCUCCGCUGAUCAAAACUAAAGGAGGACAGAAGUCUCACAGGAAAAUGAGGUGUACAUAGAAAGAUUAUAAUUAAGAAAAGGCAUCCCAUAGUAAUAUAUCAGCAACUUUUCUUACUAAAAAAACUGAAAAACCAAAGAAAAGACAUAUUCUGAUGAGCCUGUAUCUGAAAAAAGCCAAUUUAUCCAGCCUUACAAACCAAUCUGCCUGAACGCUGUAAUUCCCAGAGUGCUUUGCAUCCACGAAAACGUGUCGUGCAGACAGUAUGAAAGAGCUUCACAGAGCUGCAGGACUGUGGGACUGUAAAUAUGAUGAUAAACAAAGAUGCUACCCAAGUGUUUCAGGUACUUUCCAAACUUGCUGAAAUAGUCUUGAAAUGGUGAGAUGUGAUCAUAUAAUACAAGUGUGGAGAUUUGUGAGAUGUUAUGUCAAUGGUUUUUCAUUGAAACGGAUUUUAGGGUGAAUAUCACAAAACCUGUCAGGAACAUA